UGUGCGAAUCACGUAUCCGGUGUUCGCUACCAUCAUCUUUGUGGCGCAGAUCUACAGCACCUGGGCACAGUAUAAUGUUUACCGCCGAGUGCAGAACGAGACAAUGGAAUACAAGGUGCCAAAUCAGACCCAAUACUGUGCGCUUUCAAUUCAAACAACAGAAACAAAAAGAAUGCGCUCCACAGCGUGAAGGACUGUACAGACAAUUCGACAUGGACCUGCACGUUCCCAGCGUGGAAUUGGGAGCGGCCAAAAUGCGGGGGGAAGAAUAUGACCAGAAACUCGAAGAGAAUACGAAUUCGAUCGAUAUGGACAUCAACCUCUCGCAUGUGGUGGUUAUCGAUAAUAGUGAACCAAAACGAAGUGACAGUGACAUGACCUACAGAACCUCGCGUGCGGGUAAGUGA